AUGGCUUCAUCAACGGGACUCAAUGGCAAUCCGAUGAGCACUCUUGCAAACGGACAGCCAAGCGAGAAUCCUGGGAGUGUGCAGCAAGUCCGCUAUGGCCAAAGCAACGGCGGUCUAGUCGUCUUGAGCGACACCCAGACAAUCGAGAUAUUGGCACACUUCGCCCGAGAACGUAUUCCCGAGCGGAGUGUACAUGCCAAGGCAGCAGGAGCAUUCGGCGAGUUCGAAGUUCUCGAAGACCUCACCGACCUGACGGAUGCCAAUUUCCUCGCACAUGUGGGCAAGAAGACGCCCACACUCUCGCGCAUCUCUACCGUCGGUGGGGAGAAGGGCUCUGCCGACACCGUACGCGACGUCAGAGGCUGGUCAACAAAGUUCUACACCGAGGAGGGCAUCCAAGACUUCGUCUUCAACGACUUGCCAGUCUUCUUCAUCCGCGAUCCGAUCAAGUUUCCGUCCAUGAACAGGAGCCACAAGCGCCACCCGAGGACGAAUGUGCCGGACGAUGCCAUGUUCUGGGACUACCAUGUCAAUAAUCCCGAGGGUAUCCAUGCACUCAUGCAUCUGUUUGGCCAGCGUGGCAUUCCUGCUUCCCUGCGCCACAUCAAUGGGUUCGGAGUGCACACGUACACAUUGAACAAGGCGGAUGGUAGCUACGUGUACGUCAAGUGGCACUACAAGCCAGAAGGCGGGAUCGAAACCCUGGACUCGGCGACUGCUGCACGCCUUGCUGGUACAGAGCCCGACUACCACGUCAAGGACCUGUUCAAUUCCAUAGAGGCGGGCGAUUAUCCGUCAUGGAUUGUGUACGUCCAGGUCAUCCGACCCGAGGAAGUCCGGUCUGCACCCAUCGACAUCUUCGACUGCACUUACACCUGGCCACACGAGAAAUACCCACUGAGGCGCGUGGGACGAUUGACCCUCAAGAAGAACCCUGAUAACUACUUCCAAGACAUCGAGCAGGCAUGCUUCUCCCCAUCCAACAUGGUGCCAGGGAUUGGCCCCUCCGCCGACCCGGUCCUGCAGGCACGCAUGUUCAGCUACCCCGACGCACAUCGCUAUCGUGUUGGGCCCAACUACUUUCAGCUCCCGCCCAACCGGCCGCACAACAAGGUUUAUGCCCCAUACGUGCGUGAUGGCCCAGGCACGAUGAAUGGCAACUACGGCGCGGAUCCAGACUACAUCUUCUCGCAGCUCCGGCCAGUGAGCAUGAGCAACAGGGUGCAAGUCCCCAUGCACGAGCAGUUUGAUGGCAAAGUCACGGCGGUGGCCACACAGUUCACGAACAGGGACUAUGAGCAGGCCAGGGAUCUCUGGAAGCUUAUCUGCUCCGAGGGGAAUGGCAAGCAGCAGUUCCUCGAGAACAUUGUGCCGACCAUCAAGGAUCUGCCGGGCGAUCUCAAGACCAAAGUGCUAGAAUAUCUUGGCGGCGUGGACACUGGGCUCAAGACGCUUCUUCAGCAAGCAGUGGGCUCACAGUAG